CUAAACUCCGCCCACUCCGAUCGCGUCACUUCCGGUAAUGGCCGCGCCCGUGCCCUUGCCGGCACCGGGCCCCUGUGCGUUCCACCCCUGACCCCCUCGGCUCCCGCCGGGACCCCCCGGGACCCCUUGGGUCGCCAUGGCCCCCGGGGCCCCCUGGACGCGGCUGCGGGCCCUGCGACUCCUCUCCUGCCGUGUACCAGCCUCAUGCGUGCACACGCGGGGGGGGCCCGUGGCCGCCUACGCCGAGCUGGUGGAGCGCGGGGAGCUGAGGGCCGACGAGCAGCAGCGGGCGGUGGUGGGCCGGCUGCAGGGGCUGCACGACGCCCUGAGGGGGUACAGUCCCCCACAGCCGGGGAUGUGGGCACAGCUGAUGUCGGCUCCAACUCCGCCCGUGAAAGGGAUUUACAUUCACGGUGACGUCGGCACGGGCAAGACGAUGCUCAUGGACCUCUUCUUCUCGCACGUGGAGGUGGAGAGGAAGUGCCGCGUCCACUUCCACUCGUUCAUGCUCGACAUCCACAGCCGGAUACACCGGCUGAAGCGCACUCUGCCAGUUCGGCGCGUGGGCCGCAUGGCGACUGCGUACGACCCCAUUGCGCCCGUGGCGGCGCUCAUCAGCCAAGACACGCACCUGCUGUGCUUCGACGAGUUUCAGGUGACCGACAUUGCGGACGCCAUGAUCCUGAAGCAGCUGUUUGAGAACCUGUUCCGCCUCGGCGUGGUGAUGGUGGCCACCUCCAACCGCCCGCCCGACGACCUGUACAAGCACGGCCUGCAGAGGGUCAACUUCCUCCCCUUCAUCAGCGUCCUCAAGGCUCACUGUGAGCGCAUACAGCUGGACUCGGGCAUCGACUACCGCCAGCACGGGCAGCCUGCCACCGGGAAGCUCUACUUCCUGACGGGCGACGCGGACGCGGACGAGCGGCUGGACUCGCUGUUCGACGAGCUCGCCUACUCGCAGAACGACAUCCCGCGUCCGCGUCUCCUCCGCGUGGGCGGCAGGGAGCUGCGCUUGAGACGCGCUUGCGGUGACGUUGCCGACUGCACCUUCUCCGAGCUGUGCGACCGGCCCCUGGGAGCGAGCGAUUACCUGGAGCUGUGUCGCCACUUCCGCACGGUGUUCGUGCGGCGCGUCCCGCGACUCGCGCUGGCGCAGCGCACGCAGGCGCGGCGAUUCAUCACCCUCGUGGACACGCUGUACGACGCCAAGGUGCGCGUGGUGAUCUCGGCCGAGGUGCCGCUGUCGCUGCUAUUUGCAAGUGAGCCGGACGCAUCGAUGGAUCGUGAGCUCAUGGAUGAGCUGGGCAUCGCUGAGGCCUCUGCGGCGUCUCUCUCCGUGUUUGGGGGGCAAGAGGAGACAUUUGCAUUUGCACGAACCACCUCGCGUCUCACGGAGAUGCACACCCACGCCUACUGGAGUGGAGCCGCCAACACCACCACCAGUGCCAACACCACCACCAGUGCCACCACCACCACCAGUGCCAACACCAUUACAGACAACCGCACCACCACCACCGGUGCCAAAAUCACCACCACCACCAUUACAGACACCACCACCGCCACCACCAAUACAGACACCGCCACCGCCGGUAUGGGGCACAGCUGAGACCGGCUCCCAGCCCCCUCUCUGUGGGGAGCCAUCUCAGCGAGCCCCCUUUACGGAACCCCUUGGCCAAGCACCUAGGAGAGCGACUCGCAUGGAGGGGAAGGUGGAGUGUGGGCGGGGGGCGGGGGGUGGCACGGUGCGCUGGGUGGUGAAGAGCCACGGUGUUGGGGGGGGGGGGUUUGUGGAACAAGUUUAGACUUGAAUUCACCGUCCCCUUUGUGGGACCCGCACGCGAUUCCAAUCUUAGUUUUUGUGACUUCAGAUCUUCUCGGGGCGUCACGAGACGUCGGGCUCUUACUUGCCACCGGCCCGCGGAAGGGGUCAUUGCAUAACUACAUCCGAGAUCCUGUCAAGCAGUGACCUCUGGGGGGGGGGGGGGGGCAGCGCUCUCCCCCGCCCUGCAGCACGACGCUCGUGCGCGCUGCUGCAGUCAGGCCGUGUAGUGUUUGACUCGGGAGAGUGUAGCCCGUUUCAAGUGAUCGAACCGAUGUUUUAGUUAUGAUUUUCAGAUCUGGAAUUUAACCAACUUGAGUGAAAAAUCGAACUGCAUACAAUUAUCAUAGUUAUUGUUUCCAGCCAACGGUGAGCGGGCCAAGACCAUCAACUCACAACGCUUGAGCAGCCUUUUUAAUGACAACUCGGUCUACGUGUGAGUCUACGGGUCUCUAUGCAAGUCUAUGGAUCCCUAUGUGAAUCUAUGCAAGUCAUUGCUGACCAGGCUGAGCCCAUCAACACACGAUGUAUCCACUGUGGCUGUGCAAACGGAAAUCCGGACCGGAUCCCAGCAUCUCAGCGGUGCCGGCUCUGCGUAUAUCUGACUAUUUAAAGAUCCCCAACAUUUCCAUAUUCAUAAGCUAGCUUCGCUGGAAUUGGUAAGAAGGUGAGGCGUGGGUGAGAGGAUACCUCGGCAGGGACAAGGGUACGGAAAGAGUUGGUACACGGCGGCGUUCUAAUGUCGUAAGUUUUGUCGGAGUUGAGAUUUGUCGUAGCUCCGGGCGAAUACGAUAAGUUACGGACGUUGUAGGCGUCGUGGAGUUUACGAGGACCGGCCGUGACCCCAUCGUAACCGGUAAUUGCAUUUCAUAAUUAAUCACAAAAGUCAUUGGCAACAACCACAUUAAUGCAGCGGAACCUCUCGACGCUCAUUGGUGCGACAAAACCGCUCGCUAAGGGAUUUGGUCGUUAAGCUCGUCUAGGAAAUGCACGUGAGAGGUUUCAUUCGUUCCAAUAGCAUCGAAAGUUACCAUUUAAUCACCCAAAAAACUUACUUUAUAAUAUUUAAACAAUGGAUAUUAAUACGUAAAGAUACUAACAACAAUAUAAACAUAUUCUUUGUUUUUUUUCGGUAAAGUAGAUAUUAAUUAAAUAAGUGAAUAAAAAUCUAAUUCUAUUUAAUUUUUAUUCACAUUUUCUAAUUAAUAUUUUCUACCUACGUGACUUUACCAAAAGAACCAAAGAAUAUGAAUUCCUGCAGUCACGAAAGUUUUACGUAAAAAUGUAACAAUAUAAACACAUUAAAAGAAACAUGGUUAAUCAACGCAUUCAUUAAUAUUGACCUACCUACAACAGCCCGUCGUUAAUAGGGGAAUGGUCGAACACAUUUGGCUCUCUCGAGGCUGUCGUUAAGCGAUUCGUCGUUAACAGGAGCUCGUGAAGAGGGCUUCUCCUGUGACAACAACAACAAUAGCAGUGCACACACGGAGUGAUGGUGUCACGCCGGCCAUACUGCACGGGGGGAAAGGGGGGGGUCUUCCCUGACAGCCGAUUGGCUCUUACGCGAGCGACACGAGUCACGAUCUCGCUACGACCCCCCGGCCGUCUGACUUGAGACCCCCGUCGCCACGUAGCCCACGGCGCCACGCGACGGAUCGUGAGGGACCCCUCCGGGCCCCGGGGCCGUGCGGCUUGGCCGCCGGGCCCGGCACGCUUCUCGCCUCGGUUCCGAAUUUUCGUCACGAGGUCGAACAUUUCCGAGCUCGGCGUUCGCGCGGAGGUCGACUGAAUGUAUUUCAAGUGCACAACUUUGUAAAUUAUAGCUGUCCGCGCGUCCUCGCAAUUAAAACUAUUAUUUGCUGGCAGUG